AUGACAGAACCAAUCUCUCCUCAAAGGGAAUUAUCAUAUGCAUUAUCUGUCCAUUCAAUAAAUAGCAACCCAUCUGAUAAUAUUUCAACGAAAGCAAUAUAUGAAGGUGAAACUAUUGAUUUACCAUUAUCUAGACCAAUGUCAAGAGGUUCGUUGACAUCAAAUCUUUCAAUGAAUGCUUCAAAAGAUGGAAUUGAAGGUAAUAACCCAAAAAGAUUAGGUAUUCCUCCUUAUGCUACUACUAUGUUAAGUGCAAUGACAAUGUCGCAUAAUAAUAAAAUAAGAAAGUUUAAUAAUACUAGUACUAAUAGUAAUAGUAGUAAUAAUAGUUCAAUAAUUGCAAAUAAUAAUAUACAUAAAAAUAUUACUUCACCAGAAGAUAUUUUUAAUGAUGUUACUUCUGUGACUUCAACACCUGGUUAUCCAGAUACUCCAAUGUCUCCACCAAUGACAUUACGUGAAAAGAUGAGAUUAUUAAACAUUGAAAGAACUAUACCUAUCUUAAUUGAUGAAUCGGCAGAUUCUCUAGAGACUUCAUUCACUUUGCAUUCAAAUGACAUGGUUACAUCUCAAUCAAUGGAUAAUGUCUUGAAAUAUUCAGGUAGACAAUCGCAAUCUCAUAAUCAUUUAUUACAUCCUCAUAGUCAUAAAUGGACUCCAUUUAAUAAUAGUAAUAAUAAUAAUAAUAAUGGUGGAAAUAGUAAUACGCCUUCAACAAGUUUAGAUACUACAUUAGGUUCAAAUGUAAAUUUACAAUCUUUCCAUUUGCGUGAUAACGAAUUACAUAUACCUUCACCUGUUAUUACAAGUGAAUUAGAUAGUAUUGCAAGCACAUUAGGUGAUGAUACAUCAUAUAUGCGUGGAUUUAGUAAGAAUUCACCACAGAUAAUAUCACCUACUGAAUCAUAUGAAGAGAUGUAA